UAACACGAGAUCUCGCCUUAUAACACGAGAUCUCGCCUUAUAACACGUGAUCUCGCUUUUUAACACGAGAUCUCGCCUUGACUACCUGCCCUCCCCCCCUCUAGGAUUAUCUAGAAGCACGUGCAUCGCUAACUGGCCAGCGGUCGUUUCCGUAAACAACAACCACAUGCAUCAUGGCGUCUGGCAACAGUGGAUUUGAUAAGAUGGAUGUCUCAGCAGUGACAUUUGCAACUACUGAGUGCCUUGAAGAAUUGGGACUGAAGGCAAAGGGUGAUUUGUUUGCCCUAAAGGCUUUUUGCCAGCGUCAAACUUCAAGUCAAACUUUUACUCCAAGUGCCAACACAACUGAAACUGACUAUAACAGGAGAAAACGAGAGCUGUUGGAGCAGUUAAAUGUACAAGGUGAAAAACAGAAGAAAAAAGUCAAAAGGGAUAAUAAGUUAUCUUCUGGAAGUGCUACUAAGACUGCUCCCGAAAGACAAAAAACACGCAAGAUAACUCUUGGGUGGCUUCACUACUGUCCAAAGAAUCAGAAAUUUAUGGGAGUUAGACUGGCAAAUGGUGGGGGACCAAGAAAACUUGAUGUACCUUAUUUAGAAGAUCCAACCAAUGAUUCUCUUCCAGUAGAAGUACGUCAGGGGAAAGAGGACUGGACUUUGGUGGUGUCACUGAAGACUUCUUCAGUGCCUUUUGGAAGGCUGCCUUUGAUGAAUUCUUYGAUGGAGAUGUUGUCAAAAUACCAUUGGCAUCACCACUGA